AAAGAUGGGUAAUACCAACAGCUUAUAGAAUAAGCCGUUUUCUUCUUGAUCUUUUCUCUCCCCCUUACGUCUGUGUUGGGGGUGCGGUUCCAAUGAAGAUUCUCCAGAAGUGCUUCUGGCUGUGUCUGCUUUUUGUGAGCUUUAGCCAUGCUGAGCAGACAGUUGAGGUAGUAGGGGUUGGAGAAUGUACUGACUGUGCUCGGAAUAACAUUAAGACUAGCCAUGCCUUUUCUGGUCUUCGUGUAACAAUUGACUGCAAGCCCGAAAAUGGGCACUUCAAAACAAGAGGAGUUGGGGAGCUCAAUGAACAGGGAGAGUUCAAAGUCUCACUUCCUAAAGAGAUUGUGAAAGAAGAAAACCAAUUAAAAGAGGAAUGUUAUGCCCAACUCCACAGUGCAUUAGCUGCCCCUUGUGCUGCCCAUGACGGCCUAAAAUCCACGAAAAUAGUCUUCAAGUCCAAGGCAAGUGAUGGGACGCAAACCUUUGGAGUGGCUGGUGGAAAUCUCAAAUUUUCCCCUGUGACUUGCACUUCUGCCUUCUUUUGGCCUCACAAGAAGCACCCACUUUUUUCCAAAUUGCCACCUUUGCCUAAGUUGCCACCUUUCCCUAAAUCUCACCCAAUUUUUGGACACCCAUUCCCAUUCCCUCCUAAGGUGUUACCUCCAUUCCCACCUAAGGUCUUCCCUCCAAAAAUUCCAAUCUUCAAGAAGCCUCUUCCUCCACCAGUGCCAAUCUACAAGAAGCCUCUCCCUCCACCAGUGCCGGUAUACAAGAAGCCGGUCCCUCCCCCCGUCCCGGUCUACAAGAAGCCUCACCCUCCGCCCGUCCCAAUCUACAAGAAACCUCUCCCUCCACCUGUCCCAGUCUAUAAGAAGCCUAACCCUCCACCAGUCCCAGUAUACAAGAAACCUUACCCUCCACCAACACCAAUCUACAAGAAACCUCUCCCUCCUCCCGUCCCAGUCUAUAAGAAGCCUAACCCUCCACCAGUCCCAGUAUACAAGAAACCUUGCCCUCCACCAAAACCAAUCUACAAGAAACCUCUCCCUCCACCUGUCCCAAUCUAUAAGAAGCCUCUUCCACCACCAGUUCCAGUAUACAAGAAGCCACUUCCACCACUAGUCCCCAUAUACAAGAAGCCAUUUCCACCACCAGUCCCAAUAUACACAAAGCCACUUCCACCACCAAUCCCAAUAUACAAGAAGCCACUUCCACCACUAGUCCCCAUAUACAAGAAGCCACUUCCACCACUAGUCCCCAUAUACAAGAAGCCAUUUCCACCACCAGUCCCAAUAUACACAAAGCCACUUCCACCACCAAUCCCAAUAUACACAAAGCCACUUCCACCUCCCAUCCCAUUCUACAAGCCAAAGCCACAUCCAUUCUUUAAGCCUCUCCCUCCAUUGCCAAAGAUUCCUCAUCCAUUCUUUAAGAAACCACCACUCCCACCACUCCACCCAAAAUAUUACUUCCCCCACCCAAAGCCCAAGCUUCCUCUCAUCCCCAAAAUCCCAUAAAUCCUUCCCCCACCCAAAGAUUGGCAAGUUCCCACCCCUGCCACCUUUGGUUCCUCAAUAUCCCUAGGCUAUUGAAGUACUAUAUAUUCUUUCCAGCUGUAAGUAGAAGCUAGCAUCAACGUUGUGUGGUGAAGUGAAAGCAUGAAGCAAUUUAAGAUCACAAUAAAUUAAGCCUUCAAAAGUUCAACUGUUCAAACCUUGAAGAGAAGCAAAUAUCAGAGAGAUAGCUGAUAGAGUGGAAGACUGUUUAUUUAUAAGUUAUUAUUUGACUUGUUUGGAUUGUGUUUCUUUACAUUGUAAUAUCACAAUUAUUUUUGAAAAAUUUCAGGUGGAUAUUACUUAUGUUACAGUGUUA